AUGGCCGGCUGCGGUCCUGAGGAGAAAACUUACCGGCGCUUCCUGGAGCUGUUCCUGGGCGAGUUUCGCGGACCCUGCGGCGGCGGCGAGCCGGAGCCGGAGCCCGAACCCGAACUCGAGUCGGAGCCCGAGCCCGAGCCCGAGCCGGAGCCCGAGUCCGAGUCCGAACUGGUAGCGGCUGAGGCGGCCGAGGAGGCUUCGAGUGAGGAGCCCGGGGAGGAGGCGGCCGCGGUCGCCGCGACGGAGGAGGGGGAGCAGGAGCAGGACCACGACCCCGAGCCGGAGCCGGAGGAGGAGGAGGAGGAGGCGGUGGAGGACGAGACGGCGGCGGCGGAGGGCGAGGAGGAGGCAGCGGCCACCCCGGGGCAGUCGGCCGUGCCGCCGCCGCCGCCGCCGCAGCCCCAGCUGCCGCCGCUGCCCCCGCUCCCACGGCCGCUGUCGGAGCGCAUCACCCGCGAGGAGGUGGAGGGCGAAAGCCUGGACCUGUGCCUGCAGCAGCUCUACAAAUAUAAUUGCCCUUCCUUUUUGGCUGCCGCUUUAGCCAGAGCCACAGCAGAUGAAGUCCUUCAGAGUGAUCUUUCUGCACAUUAUAUCCCAAAGGAAACGGAUGGCACGGAAGGGUCUGUGGAGAUUGAGACAGUGAAAUUGGCCCGUUCUGUCUUCAGCAAACUACACGAGAUUUGCUGCAGCUGGGUGAAAGACUUCCCUCUCCACAGGAGACCCCAGCUUUAUUAUGAGACAUCAAUCCAUGCCAUCAAAAACAUGCGCAGGAAAAUGGAGGACAAACAUGUCUGCAUUCCUGACUUUAAUAUGCUCUUCAACCUAGAGGACCAGGAAGAACAAGCUUACUUUGCAGUGUUUGAUGGCCAUGGAGGAGUAGAUGCUGCCAUUUAUGCCUCCGUUCACCUGCACGUUAACUUGGUACGCCAGGAGAUGUUCCCCCACGAUCCUGCUGAAGCCUUAUGCCGGGCCUUUCGGGUCACGGAUGAACGGUUUAUACAGAAAGCAGCCAGGGAGAGCUUAAGAUGCGGGACCACAGGAGUGGUGACUUUCAUCAGAGGCAACAUGCUGCAUGUGGCCUGGGUGGGCGACUCCCAGGUGAUGCUUGUGAGAAAGGGCCAAGCUGUUGAACUAAUGAAGCCACACAAACCAGACAGAGAAGAUGAAAAGCAGCGAAUUGAGGCCCUGGGAGGUUGUGUAGUCUGGUUUGGUGCCUGGCGAGUGAAUGGAAGUCUAUCGGUCUCCAGAGCUAUUGGAGAUGCUGAACAUAAGCCAUAUAUCUGUGGGGAAGCAGAUUCUGCCUCUACUGUGUUGGAUGGAACUGAAGACUACCUCAUUCUGGCCUGCGAUGGCUUCUAUGACACCGUGAACCCUGACGAGGCAGUGAAAGUUGUAUCUGACCACUUGAAGGAGAAUAAUGGAGACAGCAGCAUGGUUGCCCACAAAUUAGUGGCGUCAGCUCGUGAUGCUGGGUCAAGUGAUAACAUCACAGUUAUUGUGGUUUUCCUGAGGGACAUAAACAAAGCUGAAAAUGUUAGUGAGGAAUCAGACUGGACAGAGAACUCUUUUCAAGGAGGGCAAGAAGAUGGUGGGGAUGAUAAGGAAAAUCAUGGAGAGUGCAAACGCCCUUGGCCUCAGCACCAAUGCUCAGCACCAGCCGAUCUAGGUUAUGAUGGGCGUGUGGAUUCAUUCACUGACAGAACUAGCCUGAGCCCAGGGUCCCAAAUCAACGUGCUAGAAGACCCAGGCUACCUAGAUCUCACACAAAUAGAAGCAAGCAAACCUCACACUGCUCAGUUUUUGCCACCAGUUGAGAUGCUUGGUCCUGGUGCACCAAAGAAAGCAAAUCUUAUUAAUGAGCUAAUAAUGGAGAAAGAAUCAGUUCAAUCAUCAUUGUCUGAAUGGAGCGGUGCUGGAGCGUUUCCCUCUUCCUUUAAUUUGGGUGUAACAGGGCAGCAGAUAUACAGAAUGGAGAGUUCGUCUCCUGUCUGUUCUAUGUUGGAAAAUGAACAGUUAAAAUUCCUGGGAAAUAGAGUUUCUAGAUUAUCUCAUUUACGCUAUCACUACUUAAAGAGGUGGCAUGGAUUCAGGUUUAAUCCAAAGUUUAAUUCAUUCCUCUCUGCUCAAGAGCCUUCCCACAAAGUAGGCACAAGCCUAUUUUCACUUACUUCACGUGGGAAAAGAAAUAGGAUGUUAAGAAGUUCUCUGCCAUUGAGGCAAAAUAGUUGGAAAGAGUAUAAUGAAAACAUGAAGCAGCUCAGGAAGAGUAAUGAUAUCCCAUACCCAGAUCCUCCCUGGAGCUGUAAAAUAUAA